CUGGGAUCUGGUUGGAUUCAGAAAAAAAAACCAAACACGUAGCCACCCCGGUACGUGUGUAAACGGAGUUAUAUUGACGUUUGGAUAAAAGCAAAAUGAUUGUUGAAUAGUUUUGGUGUUGAAGACUGAUCGGGUAAACUUUGCAUGGAGUGUAUUUCUUUAUGCAGAGCAGUCCAAACACAGCACAGAGGCACUGAGGGGGAUCGGAAUUUACCGGUGACAAGAGAGGGGAAAAAAAGGAAAACAGGAUCCACUCGUUACAUGGAGUUUUAAAAAGCCUCCUUCGUUUUAAUUACAAUAACAACCAAGAUUUUGAAGACUUGGAGUGGAUGAAAAGUUCUUCCAGAAAGAGACAAAACCCAACUUUCCCUCAUUCAGCUCUAACUUUGAAGAAGCAGUUCCGACCAUGGCGAAAAAGUAUGAUUUCCUUUACAAACUGUUGCUCAUCGGGGACAGCGGAGUGGGCAAAACAUGUUUGAUCAUUCGUUUUGCUGAGGACAAUUUCAACUCCACGUACAUUUCCACCAUCGGCAUCGACUUUAAAGUAAAGACCAUUGAAGUGGGUGGAAAGAAAGUGAAACUACAAGUCUGGGACACAGCAGGACAAGAGAGGUUCAAGACCAUCACAACAGCCUACUACAGAGGAGCCAUGGGCAUCAUCCUGGUGUACGACAUCACAGACGAGAAGUCCUUCGAGAACAUCCAGAACUGGAUGAAGAGCAUCCAACAAAAUGCAUCAGCUGGGGUCAGUCAAAUGUUACUAGGCAAUAAGUGUGACAUUGAAGCAAAGCGUAAAGUUUCCAGGGAGACGGGAGAGAAGUUGGCAAAAGAUCACGGCAUCAGGUUCUUUGAGACCAGUGCAAAGUCCAGCAUUAACGUGGAGGAGUCUUUUCUGUCUUUGGCAGGCGACAUACUACAGAAAUCCAGCAAGAAACCAGGUCCCUCAGGCCGAGAGGUGAAAAUCACAAGCAGUACAGAGAAAAAAUCCUCCAAAUGCAAUAUUCUCUAGAUAUGACGCCCGCCAGCACACGUAAGAAAGAGCCAUACAAAUUUAAGAGCUCAUCAGUAUUACUGGGGAGAAUUUCAGUACAGCAGGUUUUCUGUCUCCAUCUGGUGGGCUCACAUAUGAAACACAUACGGGUGCUAAAAAGUUGUUUCUACACCCAAACUACUUUGUUCCCAAAAAGUGUACUUUGCCAGAAAAAAAAGUAUUCCUCCUUUGAGCUCAAAUUUUAUUAAAGUGAUUGUGCCUGUAUUUCACAUUGAACAUAUAUUCUGCCACAUCUUAAGUGAUACUGUUAACUGUCAUGGCAUUGUUGCAAAGUCAGGGUCCUAACUGACUCCAAACAAAUAACCAACAAGGCAUUUCACUUAGAAGUUCCCACCAUGUUCAGUUAAGCUGUACAUUUUUAUUUCCGCGUUGUUUUUCUCUGCCUUAACACCACGUUUUCAUUCCUUCAACAUCACUGCUUACUGUUUUUAAGGACCUUUAGCUGUGUUUUUUAAAACUGUGUAGCUCUGUAAAAAACACAGCCUAAUGGAAGAAUUGAUUUCUUAUGUAUGAGCACAUACAGUGGUAGCUCUUAGGGGCUCAAUGGCAAAGGAAGAGUUCGAUGGGAAGUGUUUUGAUUCACAUACAGUGCACACAAUCUCAUGGAUUCUGUUUGAUGGUUGAAAUACUGGACAGAAUUUGUGAAUUGAUAACUUAAGUGGUAAAACAUCUUUGGUUAACAAGGCACUUUCACUUGUGUCAAUUCACCGUAAGCAAUUCAAUGAUUUGUAUAAUAUAACAUCAAAAGCACAGACGAGUUGACAUCCCAUUUUUUCAGUAAGAUAAGAAAGGGCAGAGAAGCAUUCUUUCUCCCCAUAUUUUAGUUGAUCAUAAAUAUAUUGCAGAGAUGUUUAAACAUUUAAAUUCACAUUUUCUUUAUAUUUUGCUUAUCCUUUGAGAAUUGCUGAAAUAUUUAAAUCAUGUACAGUAGGUUAAUCCAUUCUACAGAAUCUACAUUAAGGGAUGCCAUUUAACAUUAAGCCCUGAGUCUAGCAUGGGCAUUUUUAGGGGUUACAUCCUAUGAGAAGUUGAAAAAAGACGUUGAGGGAUGAAUGGAGUUGAAUCCGAAACAAACACUUGUGAUAAACAAGCUUUGUUUUAACAGAUGAAUGGAUUGAGAAUGUGGACGAUAGGAACAGAGAUAAGUGCAAUAUGAGAAGAUGAGUGGGGAGAUGAAAGAAUGAUGGAUAAAGCAAGUGAAUGGACAGGAUGUGAGGGAAGCAGCAGUGCUCACAUGACCCUCACUUUGAAUCGAUUUAGUGGGUCAUGCCUUUUAUCUGAAGUGCCUGGUUACUCUCUUACUUAGAACUACCACACAUUAUCUACAUCUGACAAGACAGUUCUCCGUUCAGAUCAUUUCAGAUCAUUCAAAGUGACACUGAUAAGAGGUGCUCAUCUGAUGCGGACAGACUUUCUGUAUUUCCUGUAUCUGCUUUUUAUGCAUUUCUCUCAAAUUCACUGUCUUUUUAGACAAGCCACAAUACUUUUUUUCUGUAGUUUACAGAACUGCCACUUGCUGAAUAAAAAUGCUAA